CUACGAACAACGAAAUUCAACGAAUGUCAACUAAAUUGGAAUUUUCAACGGUUACCGAUUCCCUGUUUUGGGUUCUGAAGUUGGUUUUAAAUUAAUAGAACUGAUUGAUCAUCCAUUAGCCCUUUGUUAAACUGAUCUACAUACAUCAAGAUGCAUAUCAAAUCAAUAGUGUUAGAUGGUUUUAAGUCGUACGGAAAUCGUGUAGAAGUUAAUGGUUUUGAUCCUGAAUUCAACGCUAUCACUGGGUUGAACGGCACAGGAAAGUCAAAUAUACUGGAUGCGAUAUGUUUUGUCCUAGGAAUAACAAAUUUGGCGAACGUGCGUGCAAGCAGUUUGCAAGAAUUGAUAUACAAACAUGGCCAAGCAGGCAUUACCAAGGCUACUGUGAGCAUCACAUUUGACAAUAGGAACAAGGACCAGUCUCCCAUUGGCUUGGAAAACAAUGAUGAGUUCACCGUUACUAGACAGAUUGUAAUGGGAGGCAAGAACAAAUACUUAGUGAAUGGCCUAAAUGUUCAGAACAAGCGAGUGAUAGAUUUGUUCUGCUCAGUGCAGCUCAAUGUAAACAACCCUCACUUCCUCAUCAUGCAGGGCAGGAUCACGAAAGUGUUAAACAUGAAACCUCCUGAGAUCCUGUCUAUGGUAGAGGAGGCAGCUGGUACUCGAAUGUAUGAGACUAAAAAGCAAGCGGCAGAGAAGACCAUUGAGAGGAAGGAUGCCAAACUUAGGGAACUUAAUGAGAUCAUACGAGAGUCUAUAGCGCCGAAACUACAAAAAUUACAAGAUGAAAGAGCUCAGUUUCAAGAAUAUCAAAAGGUUGUAAGGGAACUUGAAAAUCUAAAUAGACUGCACAUAGCUUACAAUUACGUAACUGCAGAAGAGCGAACUAAAGAGGCUGAAACUAAACUCACACAAGUGGAAGAUGAAAUAAAAAGUAAAAAACACCAGAUACAACAAAAUGAAACAAGUAUCAAGGAAUUUGAAGAACAGAUAUCUGAACUGAAUAAGAAGGUGGAUGAGGAGAGCGGCGCCGCGCUGCGGGCGCUGGAGGCGGAGCUGGGCGCGGCGGGCGCGGCCGAGGGGCUGGCCGACGACGAGGCGGCCGCCGCCACCAAGCGCCGCGCGCUGGACCAGGUCGAGAGUACGUUCGAGAGUCUGCGGGAGAAACAUCAGAACAGUACUGCCGUUCUCGCAGAUGCCCAGCAAAAAUUUUUGGAAGUCAGUAGUGGACUCGAAGGGGCCUCAGAAUCACUACAAGACCAACUCAUGGCUGCUAAACAAGAGGCGUCAGAAGCGGCGACUCGGAUAUCGCAAAGUGCAAUGGAGAAAAAACAUGCAGAAAAUCGACUGAAGGCACUGGAGAAAGAGUUCGCCAGUAGCAGCGCUCAGUACCAGCGUGACAUGGAGAACAUCGGACGCCAUGAGGCUCAGCUCGCCGAGCUACAGGCGGAGUUGUCGCGUCUGGCGGGCGCGGCGCGGCGCGAGGCCGAGCUGGCCGAGUCGGUGCGUGGCCUGGCGCGGCGGGAGCGGGGGCGCGGGGCGCUGUGUGUGUGUGUGCGAGGCUGUAGUAUGUGUGUGCAGGCGGAGUUGUCGCGUCUGGCGGGCGCGGCGCGGCGCGAGGCCGAGCUGGCCGAGUCGGUGCGUGGCCUGGCGCGGCGGGAGCGGGGGCGCGGGGCGCUGUGUGUGUGUGUGCGAGGCUGUAGUAUGUGUGUGCAGGCGGAGUUGUCGCGUCUGGCGGGCGCGGCGCGGCGCGAGGCCGAGCUGGCCGAGUCGGUGCGUGGCCUGGCGCGGCGGGAGCGGGGGCGCGGGGCGCUGUGUGUGUGUGUGCGAGGCUGUAGUAUGUGUGUGCAGGCGGAGUUGUCGCGUCUGGCGGGCGCGGCGCGGCGCGAGGCCGAGCUGGCCGAGUCGGUGCGUGGCCUGGCGCGGCGGGAGCGGGGGCGCGGGGCGCUGUGUGUGUGUGUGCGAGGCUGUAGUAUGUGUGUGCAGGCGGAGUUGUCGCGUCUGGCGGGCGCGGCGCGGCGCGAGGCCGAGCUGGCCGAGUCGGUGCGUGGCCUGGCGCGGCGGGAGCGGGGGCGCGGGGCGCUGUGUGUGUGUGUGCGAGGCUGUAGUAUGUGUGUGCAGGCGGAGUUGUCGCGUCUGGCGGGCGCGGCGCGGCGCGAGGCCGAGCUGGCCGAGUCGGUGCGUGGCCUGGCGCGGCGGGAGCGGGGGCGCGGGGCGCUGUGUGUGUGUGUGCGAGGCUGUAGUAUGUGUGUGCAGGCGGAGUUGUCGCGUCUGGCGGGCGCGGCGCGGCGCGAGGCCGAGCUGGCCGAGUCGGUGCGUGGCCUGGCGCGGCGGGAGCGGGGGCGCGGGGCGCUGUGUGUGUGUGUGCGAGGCUGUAGUAUGUGUGUGCAGGCGGAGUUGUCGCGUCUGGCGGGCGCGGCGCGGCGCGAGGCCGAGCUGGCCGAGUCGGUGCGUGGCCUGGCGCGGCGGGAGCGGGGGCGCGGGGCGCUGUGUGUGUGUGUGCGAGGCUGUAGUAUGUGUGUGCAGGCGGAGUUGUCGCGUCUGGCGGGCGCGGCGCGGCGCGAGGCCGAGCUGGCCGAGUCGGUGCGUGGCCUGGCGCGGCGGGAGCGGGGGCGCGGGGCGCUGUGUGUGUGUGUGCGAGGCUGUAGUAUGUGUGUGCAGGCGGAGUUGUCGCGUCUGGCGGGCGCGGCGCGGCGCGAGGCCGAGCUGGCCGAGUCGGUGCGUGGCCUGGCGCGGCGGGAGCGGGGGCGCGGGGCGCUGUGUGUGUGUGUGCGAGGCUGUAGUAUGUGUGUGCAGGCGGAGUUGUCGCGUCUGGCGGGCGCGGCGCGGCGCGAGGCCGAGCUGGCCGAGUCGGUGCGUGGCCUGGCGCGGCGGGAGCGGGGGCGCGGGGCGCUGUGUGUGUGUGUGCGAGGCUGUAGUAUGUGUGUGCAGGCGGAGUUGUCGCGUCUGGCGGGCGCGGCGCGGCGCGAGGCCGAGCUGGCCGAGUCGGUGCGUGGCCUGGCGCGGCGGGAGCGGGGGCGCGGGGCGCUGUGUGUGUGUGUGCGAGGCUGUAGUAUGUGUGUGCAGGCGGAGUUGUCGCGUCUGGCGGGCGCGGCGCGGCGCGAGGCCGAGCUGGCCGAGUCGGUGCGUGGCCUGGCGCGGCGGGAGCGCGCGGCGCGGGACCAGGUGGACGCGCGCGCGCCGCGCCUGGCGCGCUGCAAGCUGCGUUACUCCAAGCCGGAACCGGGGUUCGAUGACAAGAGGGUCUACGGCACGAUUUGUAGGUUAAUAGAUGUGCGUGACCCGAUAUACUGUACUGCUCUGGAAACUGCAGCGGGCGGACGCCUGUUCAACGUGGUGGUGGACACCGAGGUGACGAGCAAGCUACUGCUGCAGCGGGGCCAGCUGGAACACAGGACCACCAUCGUCCCGCUCAACAAGAUCAACGGACACGUCAUCGACCGCGCCACCGUCGAGCUGGCGCAGCAGAUCGGCGGCGGGCCGGACAACGUGCAGCUGGCGCUGGACCUGGUGCAGUUCCCGGGCGCGCUGCGGCCCGCCAUGGCCUGGGUGUGGGGCUCCACGCUGGUGUGCCGCGACCUGGACACGGCGCGCCGCGUCACCUUCCACCCCGCCGUGCGCCGCCGCACCGUCACGCUCGACGGCGACGUCUUCGACCCGUCCGGCACGCUCUCCGGCGGCGCGCGCCUCAAGGUACGUCCAGCGCUCCGCGGCGCUAGACGGCGGGCGCCUCAAGGUACGUCCAGCGCUCCGCGGCACGGGGUCACGCGGGCAAUUACUGGUACAGGCGCGCGGGGUAACACGGGAUCACGCGGACAAUUACUGGUACAGGCGCGCGUGGUAACACGCGGUCGUACCUACAUGAAUGUACUCGGGUACCGAUCAAUGAUGACCUUGCAGAUUACCAACUUGGAAAAAGCGAACCCGUGGAUCAGCUCGGAGCGGUCGUACUUCGGUGCGCCGGGCGGUAUCUUCGACUUCCAGGCGCGCCAGGCCAGCGCCGCCGCCGCCCGCCUGCAGCAGCUACAGGCGCGCCGCGACGGACUGGCGCGGGGACUCAACGCGCGCGCGCAUACCUUGCUGGGCAAGGAGGAGGAACAGUACCAAGAAUUGCUGCACAAGAAGCAGAUAGUGGAGGCAGACCGCGCGAAGUUAGUGGCGGUGAUGGCAGAGCUGGACGAGAAGAAGAGGAAGACGCUGGUGGCGGCGUGCGAACAGGUCAACAAGGACUUCGGCUCCAUCUUCUCGACUCUGCUGCCCGGAGCCGAGGCCAAGCUCACGCCGCCCGAAGGCCAGACCGUGCUGGACGGACUCGAGGUGAAGGUGGGCUUCAACGGCGCGUGGAAGGAGUCGCUGGGCGAGCUGUCGGGCGGCCAGCGCUCGCUGGUGGCGCUGUCGCUGGUGCUGGGCAUGCUGCGCUGGCAGCCGGCGCCGCUGUACGUGCUGGACGAGGUGGACGCCGCGCUCGACCUGGCGCACACGCAGAACAUCGGCCUCAUGCUGCGCACGCACUUCCGCCACUCGCAGUUCAUCAUCGUGUCGCUGAAGGACGGGAUGUUCAACAACGCCAACGUGUUGUUCCGCACUCGCUUCGUGGACGGCAUGUCGUCCGUGCAGCGCACCACCAACGUGCCGCGCUAGGACCCCGCCGUACGUCGUCAGUGCGCCAGUGGACGGCAUGUCGUCCGUGCAGCGCACCACCAACGUGCCGCGCUAGGACCCCGCCGUACGUCGUCAGUGCGCCAGUGGACGGCAUGUCGUCCGUGCAGCGCACCACCAACGUGCCGCGCUAGGACCCCGCCGUACGUCGUCAGUGCGCCAGUGGACGGCAUGUCGUCCGUGCAGCGCACCACCAACGUGCCGCGCUAGGACCCCGCCGUACGUCGUCAGUGCGCCAGUGGACGGCAUGUCGUCCGUGCAGCGCACCACCAACGUGCCGCGCUAGGACCCCGCCGUACGUCGUCAGUGCGCCAGUGGACGGCAUGUCGUCCGUGCAGCGCACCACCAACGUGCCGCGCUAGGACCCCGCCGUACGUCGUCAGUGCGCCAGUGGACGGCAUGUCGUCCGUGCAGCGCACCACCAACGUGCCGCGCUAGGACCCCGCCGUACGUCGUCAGUGCGCCAGUGGACGGCAUGUCGUCCGUGCAGCGCACCACCAACGUGCCGCGCUAGGACCCCGCCGUACGUCGUCAGUGCGCCAGUGGACGGCAUGUCGUCCGUGCAGCGCACCACCAACGUGC